AUGAAGUUUCGUAACUCUAUUUUGUCUACGUUCGUAGGAUUGGUGCUGGUUCUUCACGGAGUACAAGCCCAGAUAAUAUACUGCGACUUUGAGGACGAUGCUGAUCCGAUGUGUGGGUUUUACAAUGUAGCUACCGAUGAUGCUGACUACAAGAGAUCAACGGGCUUGGAGUCAGGGGUAAACGACGCCUCGCCCCUCUUUGACCACACCUAUAUGAACGAGACAGGUCAUUUUCUGGACACUGAUAUGUCAACAAUAGGACGAGCUACUAGUAUAGCAACAGUCUUCUCACCAACAGUCGCCGUGACAUCAAACAAGGUGUGCCUGCAGUUCUACUACCACAUGUAUGGUUCUGCUCUGGACUCAUUACAUGUGUACAAGAAACAGGGCAGUGUGACCACGUCAGUCUAUAACGACACCGGGAAUGUUGGAGACUUCUGGAAAUUCGCGGAGGUCACAACUGAUGCUCAAAGUGGUAGCAUACAGUUUUUCUUCGAGGCAACCAUUGAUUGGGGAAUACGAGGCGAUAUAGCAUUGGAUGAUAUUAAAGUGACUCUCACCGAGUGUAGUCUAGGUGAGUAUUCGCUGCUGUUAUAUUUGACCACACCUGGACCACCAACAACACCCCGCCCCGUCCCUCUAGCGACCUAUGACUGCACCUUCGAUGACCCAGGACAGGAGGCAUGUCGUCCACAGCAGAGUCCUAGAAAUGACUUCGACUGGAUGUUUAGAGAGCCGGGUGUCCAACCGAACCCACAGUCGCCCGUGUACGACCACACCACAGCGGCUUCAGCUGGUGUGUACUUGUACGUACCCCAAGGCGACACCCAGACGGAAGCCGAGGUGUUCGGUGUAGUCCAGACCCCGCUCCUACAAGCAAUCUUCAAACCAUGGUGUAUGGAGUUCUAUUAUUACAUGCAGGGGGUUAAUGUUGGCACCCUGGAUGUGUUCGCAAUGAGGGACGGGUACCCGCCGCCCAUCAGUAUGCCGUGGAAUAAGACUGGUGCCCAGGACGGAUAUUGGAACAGAGGAUUGGUUGAUAUCUACCCAACGUUCGCCAACUAUCGGGUUGCCUUUGAGGCGAGUCGAAAGAGAGGUUACCGAGGAAGCAUCGCAGUGGAUGAUCUGAAGCUGAUGGAGGGCCGCUGCCCUACAGGGGAACUAAAAUGUGACUUUGAGUACCUGGACAUCUGUCACUUUACCCAGGACCGGACAGAUGACAUGGAUUGGAUCCUUGGCAAUGGGGGUACAGGAAGUUUCGGAACAGGGCCAUCUAACGAUCACACUUAUGGAAACAGCACGGGUUUCUAUAUGUACAUCGAGGCAUCUUCCCCUACUGGUGUGGGUCACGUGGCGCGUCUUAUCUCCCCUCCCUUCACAGAGACUCAUGGCCACGCCCAUUGCCUGAUUUUCUGGUAUCACAUGUACGGUGAUCAUGUAGACGCCCUCAACGUCCUGAUUGCAAACACGACAACUGUGACCCAGCGUCAACUCAUCUGGAGCCUCGCCGGCAACCGCGGGGAUAAGUGGAGGGCGGCUGAAGUGCAUGUGUCUAGUGUUGUAGAUUUUGUGAUUAUAUUUGAAGCCUUCCGAGGUACGAGUUAUGAGGGUGAUAUUGCAAUAGAUGAUCUGUUUUUAAGCUGUACAGAAGGGUGUCCAGGGGAAGCUGGAUUAAAGAAUUUCUCUAGCAUCUCGUGCGACUUUGAAGAGAUUGAAAUCUGUUACUGGCAACAAGACAGCACCGACGAUUUUGAUUGGGUGUGGCAGAAUGGCGCGAGCCAACAAUUGGCCAACACCGGGCCGUCUGAGGACCACACAACAGGCAGCCAACUUGGAUUCUACAUGUACAUCAUGGAGGACUACGUGUCGUCCCCUGGUGGCAAGGCCCGCUUAUGGUCCCCUGAAGCUAAGGCCCAACCCAGAGCGUCGUGUCUAGAAUUCUGGUACCACAUGUACGGUCGUGACAUCGAAUCGCUGAGUGUAUACAUGCAGAAGACCAGCGAUGCCGAUUUGUCCAGCAAUCCCGUGUGGACCAAGAGCGGAAACCAGCGAGAUGUGUGGCACAGGGCAACCGUCGAGUUACCAGUAACGGAUUAUGCGUUUAAGUUCAUCUUCGAAGGGACAAGAGGCCAGGCCUACAGAGACAAUGUAGCAAUUGAUGACGUCAUGUUUUACGAAGGAAAGAGCUGCCCUCCAUUUACAACGGACGCUCCAAUUCCUACGACAACACCAACUCCAGUUUCCACGGCAGAUUGUGAUUUCGAAGACGCAAGUGAUGGUCUCUGCGGGUACAGUCAGUCUAUCUAUGACGAGAUGGAUUGGUCAUACGGUGUUGGGUCACCCAUACCUACUGACCAUACACUGGGUACAGCGGAAGGCCAUUACCUUUACGUGGAUAGCCGCUCCUACUACCUACGAAAUGAUGACAGGGCCGACCUGUACUCACCCCUUCUCCAAAGCUCAACCCAACCCAGGUGUCUGGAGUUCUACUAUUACAUGACCGGGUACAAUGCAGAUUUUAUGGUCAUCUACUUCGCUCCAUGGGGAGAGAGCUUGUCUAUCGACCCGCAGUUUUCAUUAUACGGUGAUCAGGGAGCUGAGUGGAAAAUGGCACAGGUUACGAUUCCACCAAUGGACAGAAACUUCCAGGUGGUUUUCGAGGUAAUGUUUGGAUAUUUCAGCGACAUUGGUAUUGAUGACAUUAAAUACACAAGCGGCGCUUGUCAGAAGCCGACUGCUACUCCGAGUCCAUUAGACGGCCGAUGUGAUUUUGAGAAUGGUAUGGUUGCUUGCGGAUACGAGAAUGUCAAGUUCUACGAUUUCAACUGGCGGUCGAAUAGCGGCCAAACAGCAACGCCAGGAACUGGGCCGAGUGUAGACCACACCACAGGAACCAAAGACGGUAGUUACAUGUACAUCGAGUCAUCCCUGCCGCAGAGACCAGACGACGUAGCUCGCAUCAUCAGUCCGGAGUUAUUCAACAUACCAGGCAACCCAAUGUGCAUGGUGUUCUACUACCACAUGUUCGGCAGGGAUGUAGGCAAGAUCAAAGUGUACUGGAAGAAUAAGUUACGGAUGGUAGAGCUCUCAUCACUGAGUGGAGACUCCGGUGAUAGGUGGCAACCGGCGGCUGUUGAUCUGACCCCGUUGGGAGACCGAUUCCAGAUCGUAUUUGAAGGUGUGGUCGGUUACAGCGUAACUGGUGAUAUGGCCAUAGACGACAUCGGCGUCAGACGUGAACCCUGCCCGGGGUUCUCAAAAAGAGCCGAGGUUGACUUCGAGAUGCCCGGGGAAUUGAACGGGUUCCAGCAGUUUUCGCAGAACAUGACACAAUGGACGUGGUACGACUCCAGAAUGCUCAACACAUUCCCAGAAAAAGGCGACGGCUCUUUCAUGUACAUCGAUGGACAAUCAUCAACACCGGGUUCAACUGCAUCAAUUCUCAGUCCCUUAAUGGCGGGACACGCCACGGAACACUGUAUUGACUUCGAUUACGCAUUGAUCAAUGAUGAUACGGGAAAGUUGAUGGUCACUGUGGUCCAGAAGAACGGACUGCCCCACGAUCUGAUCAUUAGGGACGGGAGAAAAUCGUGGACUCACGAGAGGAAAACGGUCACAAGGGCUGAAGUUGGAGAGGAAUUUAUGAUUUUCUUCACAGGAAAAGUUGGUUUAAAAAGCACCGGUUACAUAGCCGUUGACAAUCUUCUAAUUAGAGAAAAAGCAUGCGAUGCCCUUGCAACGCCUGGAACCCAGUCCGGAUUUGCCUCCUCCGGAGGCUCCACCGCUACUGCCGUGAUAUUAGCCAUUCUGCUGGUCCUUGUAGUAGCUAUGGCUGCUGCGGGCGGAGUCUACUACUACCGCCGCCGGGUGAUGACCAAGUCCAUACCGUCCGUCCAAUACCACAACAGGGAAACCGAUGACAACAAUGGUGUCGGCCAGAAGCCAUCGCUCGGGAAUGAUCUCACUAUAGACAACCCCAACUAUGCUAAUGCCGUUCUCCAAAGUAAUGCUUAAAAUACUACACCACUUAGCAGUGCUUCCAAAGUCAAAAUAAAAAUGCCAUUAUCCAGAGAGGCAAAUUCUCUUAUUAAUUAUUUGCAUCAACUUGCUUAUUAUCUUGAGUCUCAUAUACAAUCUAGGCUGGUGGAUGGUAACACAGGCAUGUGAGUAACUAUCCAUGAAAAAAAAGAGGAAACUCAAAAUCCAAAAAGAGGAAAUCAGCUGAAAAGAGGAAGUCCCACAUGCCUGGUAACAGAAGUAAAAGUACUAUCUUGUCUCUUUUGAAGAAGAUACUGCAUAUCCUUAAAAAUAAAAUUAAACUUUUGCGCAUGAUGAGCAAGUUUCAUCCCACUAGUCGUUUUUCAAGUCGUUCUAAAUAGAUAGGAUAUUCAAUCUAACAGACUAAUUAAGAAAAUAUUUGUUAUAAUGUUGAUAUUGAUUUUUCUAUAAGUCACUUUGCUUUAUUGCAUAGCAAUUUAAAUAUGUUAUUCAUUGCAUAUUCCAUUUCAAUUUAUGUAGUUUGUGAAUAUUUUUGGAAUAAGCUGGCUUUUUUCUCACCAUUUUAGCGAUGGUUACACUAUGGGUGCAAUUUCAACCAUAGCAUCUCACAAUCAACUGAUAUUGAGUUCUGUUUUUCAUCACCAUCACCAAAGAAAGUUUACUAGUAGCAAAAGCUCACAAAAACUAAACCAGUAAUGCACUUAAAACAAUAUGAUUAUUUUUUUUGUGUCAUCAGUUUAGUUUGAAAAACUGAUACAAGUUUAUAUUACAUUUAAUGUUCUGCACUCAAAUACUACAAGUACACUUUGCACAAAAUAACAAAUCUUGAAGAAAUAGAGAAUAAAGAUGGUGACCAUUUGUCCAGAACAACAUA